CAACGUUCAAACGUUGCAUGCCAGGCCGAUAAGGAAAAAGCAAAAAUACGAGCGAUAGAACAAAUAAGUGCAGACAUUACAUUCGUUGUUUACACGGCCAAAGUGUUCUUUGACAGAAACAAAACCUCAAACUGUUGUGUAUACUCUAAUUCCUUCGAAGCAAGCAGGCAAAACAGUGUUGUUUUUCAUUCUAACACAUUAGUCUUUGCUAUUAUUAUUUAUUUUUUUGCCGUUUUUUUUCUGGACAUUUGGUUGAUAGCGAUUAUAAAGAGUUCAAGCAAAACGGAGGGGGAAAAAAACUUAAACUGUUUCCUUGUCGACGUAAACAAAUGGCUACAAAUUGGUUGCCGUUCUGGAUGCUGAUUUUAUCCUGGUGUUGCCAUCUCCUGCCGGGCGACACAUUCAGGGCAUUCGUGUUGGCCGAGAAUGUCCGACUAGAUUUGACCACGGCCAACGGUUACCAGUGGCAAACGUCUUUACCCAACGGCAGUUUGACUGUUGCGGGCCAUGUACCCGGCGGAAUUUACACGGAUUUAGAGCGAGCCGACAUCCUCCAAGACGGCCCUCUCCUCUAUCGUUUCAAUGAUGGCAAUUACCGCUGGAUAGCCUACAACGACUGGAAUUAUGCGCUCGACUUUGACGUGGAUCCUUUAUUGGUGAAUCAGCCGGGUGUUUUCUUGGUUCUCCACGGUGUCGACACCGUCGCUCAAAUAAGAUUGAACGGAUUCUUUUUAGGGGAAACAGACAACAUGUUCGUCCGUUACCGAUUCAACGUUCGUAACUUGCUCAAGGCCGAAGGCAAUCAAUUGCGUGUAGAGCUUCGAUCGCCCGUCACCGUUUCGCGAAACAGAUACGAAGAACAGCUGAUGGAUUAUAUCGUCCCACCGCGCUGCGUACCGCCAGAAUAUCAGGGAGAAUGCCACGCCAAUUUCAUCCGAAAAAUGCAAGCUUCUUUCAGCUGGGACUGGGGGCCUGCUUUCCCUUCCAUGGGUCUGUGGAAAGCUGUCUCUUUGGAAACUUAUGAGGCGCUUACGUUAAGGGAUGUUUACGUUGCAACUUCGCUCAAUGGCACCAACUGGCAGGUCGACCUGCGUUUGUACUGCGAGACGAUUGACAUCGGAGUAUCGCACUCUGGGACUUGGACCGUGCGUCUUGUCGAUAACAAUGGCGUCUUAAUUCACGAGAUGGUGGCCGACAGUCUCCUAACUGGCAAUGGAGAUCAGGAAGCCACCGCCCAAUACCAGCUGAAAAUAGCAGCUGCUCAGAUUGAGCCUUGGAUGCCGAACGGUUACGGUAAUCCAACCCUUUAUAAUUUGUCGGUUAGUUACGCGGCAAAUGGUAAAGUGGCCGUUACUAAAGAAAUGCGAAUCGGUUUCAGAACUGUCGUCCUAGUUGAGGACGACCUUCAAACGGGAGGUCGGACCUUUUACCUGCAAGUUAACGAUGUGCCCAUAUUUCUAAAGGGAUCCAAUUGGAUCCCUGCCGACGUUCUCCCGGAGCUCGUCACGACCGAGUACAUUCGUGACUUGCUGACGUCUUGCGUCGAUGCCAACAUGAACUCCCUCCGCGUUUGGGGUGGCGGGAUUUAUGAACUGGAUGCAUUUUAUCAGAUAGCCGACGAACUCGGCAUUCUGAUUUGGCAGGACUUCAUGUUCGCUUGUUCCAUGUACCCGACGACCUCAUGGUUUCUGGAGUCGGUAUCGGUCGAAGUCGUGCAGCAAGUCAGACGAUUGCAAUACCAUCCAUCGGUCGUUCUCUGGGCGGGCAAUAACGAGAACGAAGCGGCUCUGCGAGGAAACUGGUACGGUACCAUUGGCAAUUUCGAUCUCUAUCGACAAGACUACAUCAUCCUUUAUGUCGACACUAUUCGUGAAAUCGUGCGCAAAGAAGAUCCAUCCCGACCGUUUGUCGUGUCGAGCCCAUCGAACGGCAAAGCCUCCGAAGAAGAAGGCCAUAUCGCUCGAGAUCCAUACAGCGAACUCUACGGCGAUGUCCACCAUUAUAAUUACUACGUCAAUGCGUGGAAUACUUCCUCAUAUCCGAGGCCGCGCAUGUCAACCGAAUAUGGAUUUCAAGCUCUUCCGUCCGUCCAUUCGUGGGCGGCCGUGAGCGACCCGUUCAAUGACGACGACUGGUCUUUCAACGGAGCCCUCUUGUCCAACAGGCAACAUCACCCUUUGGGCAAUUUCGAAAUGGAAUUACAAGUCUCAUCCAGAUUUGGGUUACCCAAGAGUAAUUUAUCUAGCAGGACGGGGCUGCUUGACAUGAUGUACCUGACGCAGAUGCACCAAGCGCAGGCCAUUAAAACACAAACGCAACAUUACCGUAGGCAUCGCUACCAGUUGGCAGAAAAUGGAGCCGGUCUAACAAUGGCUGCGCUCUAUUGGCAACUGAACGACAUUUGGCAAGCGCCUUCAUGGGCCUCAAUCGAAUACGGCGGCCGCUGGAAACCCCUACACUAUUUCGCCGUCGAUUUCUUUGCUCCGCUUCUCGUCAUCCUGACCGAAUUGGGCGAUGGUACCGUGGCUGCUUUCAUCCAUUUCGAUCGGCGGCAAGAUCUGGUUGUUGGUACGCUGACUGUUUCGAUCCGUUCUUGGGACCGGCUUGAUCCGUUAGCGACUUUCAGCUCACUAAUUAAUCAGGACGUGUUACCAGGCGAGCCCGUCUGGGUCCGAUCGUUAACUGAAUUGUUCAACGAAACAAAUUGUACGCGGGAAAGCUGCUUUAUAACUAGCUCUUUCUCCGAUCCUGCCACUGGUCAGGAAAAUAUAGCUCCACCUAAUUAUGUCUUCCUAACGUCUUUCCCAAAUAUCGCAAACAUGCAGAUGGCUAAUGUUCAGAUCGUCGAUGUGGGUACAGUUUACGCUACCGAAAAAUCUGAAUGGACGGUAAAUGUUACGUUGGCUACCGAUUAUGUCGCUGCCUUUGUCUGGAUCGAUGCCGGCCGCAUUGCAGGCACUUUUUCAACCAAUGGAUUCUUGUUCUGUGAACACUUCAAGACCAUCAAGUUCUACUCGAAAACCCAAAUUAUCGACACAGAGGAAUUCAGAAACGAAUUGUCUUUGAUUCAUUUGUCGCAGAUUAUUCUAUGAUGACUGUGUUCGUGUUUCUUUAUCCAAAUGUCAAAUUAAUAUUCAAAGCGGAUAGAAGUAACUUAAAACCAGUCGGCUUGUAAAGGCAACCCUGAAUGUUUCCCUCUCUAUCGAAUUUGAUCCUAUCGUGCUGCGGGUUGUUUAAUUUCACGAUAAAGUUACAAACCAAUUGAUUGCCAAAGCAA